CCCCUUGCUCCGCCCCCUUCCCCGCCAGCUGGAGGAAGCCGAGUAGGAAGUGGGUUGCGAUGUCCUUUUGUGUCCUACAGCCGGAGCGGCGAGGCGGAGGCGGAGGAGGAGGCGCCCGGCCCCGGCCCAUGGCCCCCACGACGCCCCGAGCCACCAGGGGCCCCUGAGCCGCCUCCCCGCUCGCCCAGGCCGGCCCAGGCCCCGAACGGGCUGCCUCUGACGCCUCCGAGCCCUUGUCUGCUGCCGCCAAGCCGCCGCGUCCAGCCAUGUCGUCCCGAGAGCGCCGCGCGGAGUUCUUCAUCAAGACGGAGCCGGCCUCCCCGGACAGCCUGGUGCAGCACAGCCCCAGUGGCUCCUCGGACACCAGUGCCGGCGGGGCCCCCCAGGAGCUCGAGGCCCCCGGGGCCCAGCCGGCAGGGACGGGGGCCUCCCGGCGGCGCCACGAUGAGGACCCGGAUGAGCCCCCGGGACGAGGGAAGUACAUGCUGAGCUCCAUGCCCAAGCGGCUCUGCUUGGUCUGCGGGGACGUGGCCUCCGGGUACCAUUACGGCGUGGCCUCCUGCGAAGCCUGCAAGGCCUUCUUCAAGCGCACCAUCCAAGGGAGCAUCGAGUACAGCUGCCCGGCCACCAACGAGUGCGAGAUCACCAAGCGGCGCCGGAAGGCUUGCCAGGCGUGCCGCUUCACCAAGUGCCUGCGCGUGGGCAUGCUCAAGGAAGGGGUGCGUCUCGACCGGGUGCGAGGAGGCCGGCAGAAGUACAAGCGUCGUCCCGAGGUGGAGGGGGCCACUUACCCCAGCGCCUUCGUCACCCCACAGAUUGCCACCGUCACCCCCAAGAAGCCGGCUCCCAUGAACACAAUGGUGUCGCACUUGCUGGUGGCGGAGCCUGAGAAACUCUACGCCAUGCCGGAUCCAGCGCUCCCGGACGGCCCCGCCAAGGCGGCAAGCACUCUGUGCGAUCUGGCAGACCGGGAGAUUGUGGUCAUUAUCGGCUGGGCCAAAAACAUCCCAGGGUUUCCGGCGCUGUCCUUGGCGGACCAGAUGUCGGUGCUGCAGAGCGUCUGGCUGGAGGUCCUGCUGCUCGGCGUGGCCUGGCGCUCCUUGCCCUGCGAGGACGAGAUCGUCUUCGCCGAGGAUUUUGCGCUCGACGAGGAAGCCGCUCGGACGGCGGGGCUGCUGGAGCUCAGCGGGGUGGUGCUGCAACUGGUACGCAAGUACCGGGCCCUGCGCCUGGAGCGCGAGGAGUACGUGCUCCUCAAGGCCUUGGCCCUUGCCAACUCAGACUCUGUGCACAUUGAGGACAUGGCGGCCGUCCAGCGGCUCCGCGACGUGCUCCACGAGGCCCUCUUGGAAUACGAGGCGUCCCGGCGCCCCGAAGAGCCCCGCCGGGCCGGGCGCCUGCUCCUCACGCUCCCGCUGCUGCGCCAGACGGCCACCCGCGUCCUCCACCACUUCUACAGCCUCAAACUGGAGGGCAAGGUGCCCAUGCAUAAGCUUUUCCUGGAGAUGCUGGAGGCCAUGAUGGAUUGAACGGACCUCUCCGAUCCGGGCCAUCCGCUCACCUGCAUCGUGUCGAACGCAUUUCAGUGUAUGCAAAUAUACGAACUGCCCACUGGCUUCACCCAAGAUGAUGUACGCCUACGUAUCAGGGAGAGGAAGGACCGAGCCGGACGAUAAGGAGUACGGACACGUAAGGGACGGAGAAAGUGGUUGACAUUCACACUGGAAGCCAUAUUUUGAUUUUUUAAUUUAUUUGAAAUGGGUGGGGAGGGGUACGAUCUACUGUAGUUCUAGCUUGGAAGCCAUAUUUGAUUAUAUUCGCAUCACAUUGAGGAGGAGAAAGGGACGAGCGAGUCUCGGGGCGAAUUGUCUCUCCUCCUACUGAGUGCAGUUGGGGUCGGACCGCUGGUCUCGAGCCUCCUCCUCCUCCCGUCCUACACCUUCCACCCUCUGGGCUGGGCCCAGCCAAAUGCACCUUAAUACACGGCGGGUAUGUCGACGGAGGGUAGGCAGGCAGAGCUUAUCUCGACUACCACUCCCAUCAUUCCCUCCAGCUCGUGGGAGUUUGAGUCCGAAAUCCAGUAUUGAAAACAAUAGUCUCAUGGCUCCAAGGAAUAAGACGGGAGAUCGGACGCGGCAAGUUUGGGGUGGGAUGACACACGACGUUAUGGGUUGCUGUGAGUUUUCCGGGCUGUCUGGCCAUGUUGAAGAAGCAUUCUCUCCUGACGUUUCACCCACAUCUAUGGCAGGCAUCCUCCGAGGUUAUGAGGUCUGUUGGAAAGUAAGCAAGUGGGGGAAUCCUUUGUUGGGAGGCGUUAGCAGGCCCUGGUUGUUUCCUGUCCUGAAUUUCAAUUUUCUGAGUGUUCUUUAUUUACUGCCCUGAUUUCAGAGGUGUUAGCAGGCCCUGAUUAUUUCCUGUCCAGAAUUUCCAUUUUCUGAGUGUUGUUCUUUAUUCACUGUCCAGAUUUCAGAGAUGUUAGCAGGCCCUGAUGGUUUCCUGUCCGGAAUUUCCAUUUUCUGAGCAUUGUUCCUUAUUUACUGCCCUGAUUUCAGAGGUGUUAGCAGGCCCUGAUGGUUUCCUGUCCGGAAUUUCCAUUUUCUGAGUGUUGUUCUUUAUUUACUCUCCAGAUUUUAGAGGUGUUAGCUGGCCCUGAUGGUGUCCUGUCUGGAAUUUCCAUUUUCUGAGCGUCGUUCUCUAUUUACUGCCCUGAUUUCAGAGGUGUUCGUUGGCCCUGAUUGUUUCCUGUCCGAAAUUUCCAUUUUCUGAGUGUUGUUCUUUAUUUUAGAGGUGUUAGCAGGCCCCGAUGGUUUCCUGUCCGGAAUUUUCAUUUUCUAAGCAUUGUUCUUUAUUUACUGCCCUAAAUUCAGAGAUGUUGGCAGGCCCUGAUUGUUUCCUGUCCAGAAUUUCCAUUUUUUGUGCAUUGUUCUUUAUUUUAGAGGUGUUAGCAGGCCCUGAUUGUUUCCUGUCCGGAAUUUCCAUUUUCUGAGUGUUGUUCUUCAUUCACUGUCCAGAUGUUAGAGGUGUUAGCUGGCCCUGGUUGUUUCCUGUGUGGAAUUCCUCUGUUUUCUGAGUGUUUGUACAACGGAGGAUGCCUGCCACAGAUGUGGGCGAAACAUCAGGAGAGAGUGCUACUUCUGGAACGUUGGCCAUACAGCCCGGAAAACUCACAGCAACCCAGUCAUUCCAGCCACGAAAGCCUUCGACGACACACGACACGAUAUUCUUUGCCUUCUUUCCGUCGCUUUAGUGCUGAAUCUUUGGCUAUCGCUCAAACCAGCUUGAGUCGGUCUCUUCCCUGCUUUCUGAUAAUGUCGCGCUCAGGACUCGGGGACGAAAACGGGACGCAAUCGGAACACGGGACAGCCAUAUUCUAACCUUAAGGAGGGGUGGAUGGGAAUGCUAGCAUUUGAGGACGAUGGUAACGACUUGGCCGAGCUCUGGACACAUUUAUCACUUCGAAGCAAUAAUAAUAAAAAAAAUUAUAUAUAUGUCGAGAGAGGGAAAGAUUGAUGUCUUUCUUCAUUAUGUCGGGACAGACGUGUUCCCGUCGAAAAGGAAAGCGGUCCAUCCGGCAAAAUCCUUUCUCUUAAUAUACCCCUUGUAGCAAUAGUUUUUAAAAAAAGGCAAUUAUGCUUUUUUUUGGUUUCAGGUGUAAUUUCCUAUGUAAUCUUUCUUCUGCCAUAAGAGGCUGAGCAGCUCAUCCUUCCUAUAAAAAUUCCUAAAAAUUCCUAUAUCCCAACAUCAUGCCGAGCCCUUAUCUUCUGCCCAAAGCAGCAGCAGCAACAGCAAUAAUAAUAUAAUAAUAAUAUAAUAAUAAUAAUAAUAACCCUCCCACCUCUUUCGACUGGAGAACAAGUCACCCUUCCAUAGUGUUGGACUUCAGCUCCCAUUGAGGCCAAUGGGAAUUGCAGUCCCGCCAAUGGAACAUGGGUGGUAAGCUGCAUGGCCGGAAACCGAGAGCUGUGUACAUAGCAAUAUAUUUUACUUGUAUAUUCAUUGCAGAGAAAGAAAAAUAAAAGAGAUUUACCCCAUUCUUUUCCACCCAAGUCAGGAAGCAUUCCUUGCCCUGACGUGGAUUUAAAAAAAAAUGGGAAGAGUCAAUGCUGGCAAUUUUUUGUUUUGUUUUUGUAUUAAAUUAUGUGUGUGUACAUAUUAUAAAUACCUCUGAUUUGUGUAUAGGCGGCUACAUAUACACAUUCAUAGAGAGCUCUAUUAUGGAACAAAUUAAAAAAAAAUACAAUUGGCUGUGCAGCCUAUGAACCGUU